AUGGCCGUCUCGCCGGCCCAACAUUUUUUCCUUUCCAUCAUCAUCGUAUCAAUAAUUUUGGUCAAUACUGUCGCUGCAUUAAAUCUCAGCAAAUUAUACGGACAUCUUAGUGUUAAAAGAAACGGGGAUGAAAUGUGUCGAGCAUACGAACCAUUUCGAUGUCCAGGUAAUGGUGCCUGCAUAUCAAUUCAAUACCUGUGCGAUGGGGCUCCAGAUUGCGAAGACGGUUACGACGAAGAUUCUAAAUUAUGCACAGCCGCAAAACGACCACCGGUGGAAGAAACUGCGAGUUUUUUGCAAUCACUUUUGGCAAGUCACGGACCAAAUUAUUUAGAAAAAUUAUUUGGAACAAAAGCGAGAGAAGCUUUGUCACCUGUCGGAGGAGUCAAACCCGUCGCAAUCGCUUUAUCAGAAUCUCAAACGAUUGAAGAUUUCGGUGCUGCUUUGCAUUUGAUGAGAUCCGAUCUGGAACAUCUUCGUAGCGUUUUCAUGGCCGUCGAAAAUGGAGAUUUGGGAAUGUUGAAAAGUUUGGGAAUAAAAGAUUCCGAAUUGGGAGACGUUAAAUUUUUCCUUGAGAAAUUAGUCAACACCGGAUUUUUAGAUUAA